AGAUAACAACUAACUGUACCGGUGAACCUCACCAAGCAUCCUCUUGGGGAACGUUCUGCUGGAGGUGCUAGCUUGCUCCGUGAGCUUGUCAUCAGCAAUUGUCAGGCCGUGGGAAUCGAAUCAGGACCGAAGCUUGUGCCCUUAGUUCUCGCUCCGAUAAUAUCAGGCACCAAGCUCGCUGCCUCGAGCAAGAGGAAUGAUCCCUUACAUUGCUGCUACCAGUGGUUUGCUACAGAUUGACGUCUUUUUCCUUGCUCCAAAUCUACCGGUACCGGUAUGGCUUGCACCUGUCCUCGUGUAGAGUUCUCCACUUAUCCAGUCUUGGCUUCGACUGGUUCAGUCGGCAAGGAUCCUCUGUUUGGUACUACCACUGGCAACCUUGCUUUAGGAGAGUUGAGAAUGAUUGAAUAUGAAUCAAGCAACCAGCCAACCCGCGGUGCUGGCUGCUUCCAUCUCAUCUUGCGAGUAUUCAGAUCUUGCAGAUUGCAGAGUGAAGGACAGGCUGCCUGAGAUCGUCGUCUUGCUUCUACGUGUAUUAGCUAAGAUACGGGAGCUGCUACGGGUAUGCACGGAUACAAGAAGAAUCUGCUAGCUAGCGUUGCCUGUCAUGAGAGCUCGAACAACGUGUUUCUGUCUAGCUACCGGUACCAGCUUUCGUCCCAGAAAUUGGAAUGUAAAGUACACGUAGGCAUUGCCCAAGGCCUCGACUUAGCUUGGUUUGUCAUGUUGUGGUACGGUUUGAUGCUUGAUGCCUUUCUCGGAGACUCGAAUCAAUGGAGAGUGAAACGGGAUGUUUUCCCAGCUUUGCUAUCUAGUUUAUUGUGUAGGCUUUUUUAAAGUAUGUUAUAUCUCUAUUCUCUGCUCUCUUCAGUUUUUACUUGAAUGAAUGAAUGAAUGGUAAUCUGGAUGCGAAUACCAUUGUCAAAGUCUGCCCCUGAACCGAACUCUGGUGCUUGCCUGUACUAUAGCUGGUUUGUGGAGUAAGUCACAAACCCCACGAUUCCCUCCCAAAACCUCCAACAUCUUGUGCGAGCAUUGCGCAGCCACCAAAACACACACAAGACCACGAAGAGACAAUCGCACAGCAUCAACACAACUCUGCUCUGUCAAGUGUCAAGGCCACAUUUGAUCUGCAAACUCUUACUCUCUACUCUACUCUCAGUCUAGACAACCACUACUAGUAAUAGCAGUAUAACAUCAUGACAGCAGAACCUCAAUCCACUGAAGACUCGGGUGGCGAAGGAGGAAGUGGUACUGGUACAAGUACUAAUAUGUUGUACGACCCAAAUCGAGCCGUGUCGAUAGCCCAGCUGGAAGCGGUAAUGAACCUGUUGGUGCACCCCGUCUGGAUUUUUGACUUUCAAGACAGGCGGAGAAUGCGUUGGGGAAAUCCAAUGGCAACUGAGUACUUCAAUUGUUCGUCUUUAGAAGAACUUCAAGGUCGAGAUUUCUCCAAGAUGAGCGACACUGUGAUCAAGCGCAACGCUGAAAUUCAAGCGGCCAUUGAACAGGGGCAAAGAAUUGUGGACCAGUGGACUUUCUAUCCCAAGGGACAAGCCAAGACUGCAAGAGUCACUAUCAGUGGGAUCUCUCUACUUGAUGAUCUUGAUGGCGAGAUGGGGCCGCAUGCAUGUUUUUUCGUUGAAGCAGUUCCCAUUGAGGAUAAAAAGCUCGACAGUGAAGUCCUAAGAGGAGUGGAAAUGCUGCGACACCUGCCUAUUGCCGUCUGCCAGUUUGACAUGAAGGGACACUGUAUGUUCCAGAAUCCAGAGGCUUGCUUGCUAGAAGAAGAAACAGAGCAACAGUUAGAACAACCAGAAAAACCAGAACAAGAACAACAAGCAGAAUCUAAAGCUGAACCAGCAGACCAAGACCAAAACAAAAACAAAAACAAAAACCAACCAAAAAAAGACAGCAAAGACAAGACAAAAACAGAAAGGAGGAGAGGCAGCAACCGGAGUAUUUCCACAGAUAGUAAUUGCACUGACAAUGAAACCUCAACGUCAUCCUCUGCCAAAUGUACACACAGAAGGCCUACAAGACGCAGGAGCAAACGGCUCUCCUCCGCUCUCAAUUUGGAAGCGGCUGCUGCCGCAAUGGCAGCCGACUCGUCAGAACGCACCCACUCUACCACCACCACAUCCACCAACAAAAAAAGAAAAAAAGCUGACGGAAGUCUACUCAGUAGAUUUGUUGAUCCAAUGGUGGGCACAAAGUUCCUACAUCAGAUACAACAAGCAUUUGACAAUACACAGUGCUCACAGAGUUGCCUCAAGUUGGAAGCUAUGCUACACACACAAAGGGGACCUACGUGGUCUGCUAUUCAAGUCAGACAAUCUACGGACCCAAUCACUGGAGAAUCUGUCCUCUUGUUCAAUGCACAAGACAAAUCUGAUGCUGUACAAGCGAGAAAAGAAAAACGAGCCAGAGAACAAAAGGCAGAGUUCCUCGCAAUCAUGGCACAUGAAAUCAGAACUCCACUGCAUCAAGUCACUGGAUUUGUGGACCUUCUCGACCAAACACAACUUGACAAGGAACAGAGGUCAUUUGUGGGAGUACUCAAGGCAUCUGUGCAGGGGCUCAUGACCGUCAUCAACGAUGUACUUGACUACAGUAAGCUGGAAGCUGGACACAUGAAAUUGGAAAACAUCCCCUAUGAACCACUCUCUGUCACUAAAGGAUCCAUUGAAGCUGUUAGAGCUGGUUGUGAAGAACGAAGUCUCUACCUACAACUGGACUGGGAUACCCGCAUACCUUUCAAACUCAAAAACGACCCCAAUCGUCUGAGACAGAUUCUGCUCAAUUUGCUUUCAAACAGUGUCAAAUUCACAAAGAAGGGUGGCAUCACAGUCAGGGCCUGCUACCUCAAUGGCAAUUUGGACGAUAGCAGUGAUUGGAGCCAUCAGGAACAAAAGAGACGCGACAACACCACUUCCGCAAACAACGACACCGACCAGCCAAUGGUCAAAUUCACUGUGAGCGACACAGGUAUUGGAAUCAGUGAAGAGCACAAAAAGAUCGUCUUUCAAAAGUAUCAGCAGGCCAAUGCCACCAUUGCCAGAAACUACGGUGGAACGGGAUUGGGGCUAAGUAUUUCAUACUCAUUGGUGCAAAUGAUGGGGGGAACCAUGGGAGUGGAAAGUGAGUUAGGAAAAGGAACCAGCUUUUGGUUUGUUCUGCCAGCAGUCAUGCCAACCGAAAAGGAUCUUGCAGGUGAAAUGGAUGAAGAUGAAAUGACUCUCCCUACAGCCCCUGCAUCGCCUAGCACCUCCAGCUGUGGUGCACCACAAUCUUCUCCUGUCUCGACCCAAAAUGGAAGCACCCAUGGCAGCUGCUCUGGAAGUGCAGCCAGAAAACAGAUUGGGCUCAAUGUCCUAGUGGCAGAAGAUAACAAGGUCAACCAGAAGCUUGUCGUCAAUAUGCUUCGUCGCAUGGGUCAUACAGCUUCAGUCGCUGAGAAUGGGAUGGAAGCGAUUGAAAUGAUUGAGAAGAGCGGUCAUGAUCAGUUUGACAUCUGCUUGAUGGACAUCCAGAUGCCGGUGUGCGAUGGAUUUGAGGCAACCAAACGACUGCGAUCGAUGGGAUACACUGACCUACCGAUUUUUGGGUUGACGGCAAGCAUGGGGCGGUCUGACUAUGAGGAGCUUGGGUUCAAUGACUGGCUUCCCAAACCCAUCCGAAUGAAAGAUCUCAAGGUCAAACUGUAUCAACUAUGGAAACUUGCGCAGCAAAGUCGACAAGAACAUCAAUGCCAGCCAUCGACGUCGUCCUUGCAACGCAUUGAGUGUAAGGACCCUCAGCAAUAGUACUCGUCCUGCGGAGCAAGGUGUGGUGGUACAAAACGGGGAAUCACGUCGGGUAUCUCCAGAGUACAGCAAUAUGGGAGCGGCUCUACUGGCGUCACUGAAUGAUUCAAUCGAAGUGCUAGCAAUUGCAAGGGCUCUUAGCCACUGAUGACGACGACGUCGUCUGAACGCAGCGCAGCGCAACGCGAAGGUUUGAGUAUCCAGAUCAUCGCGACAGUCGAGUAGGAUUCGAGGCACGGUUCGGGGGAAGCGUCUGUAAACGGAAUAACGAAGUGAGAAGAAGUAUCGCUGUAUUUAGUAGCUAGACUGCAGGAUGCAUGUCCAACAGCAAUGCGA